AUGUCGUCAUCGAAGAGUACCUCACAUCAAGAACAACCGCUUGAAGUCGUCGUCAUUGGCGCCGGUGUCAUUGGCAUCCAGGUUGCUCUGGGACUUGCCAAGCGAAACAUUGCCGUGACACUCUAUGACCAGGCCUCCGAGCUCAAGGAGAUCAGCGCCGGCUUUGGUUUUACGGAUAAUGUCGUCGGCUGUAUGAGAUUCCUCGAGCCUCGUCUCGCCGGUGCCGUCGAUACGGCUGGACCUCCAGCGGAGGGCAGCCAGCGCUGGGUGGAUGGCAUGACCAAGGAAGACAUUAGGGCCAUGCGUUAUGAGGAUGUGCCCGGCAUCAAAAUGGCUGGCGAAGUCGACUUGCAUUACUGCCAUCGAGGGCAGCUGCUACACGAAAUGGUCAAGCUAUUUCCGAAACACCAGAUUCAGCUCGGCAAGCGACUCGAGACGAUCGAAGGCUUAGAUGGUGACAGUAAAGCUGUUUUGAGAUUUGUCGAUGGCACGAUGGCCCAGGCAGAUAUUGUGAUUGGAUGUGAUGGAAUCAAUUCUCGAGUGCGCCGGGUUGUCGCUGCACCCGAAAGUCCCUCCGCUUAUUCUCACUAUGCUCACGAAAGCGCCUUUCGCUGCCUGGUCGACUACAAGAGUGCCCAUGCAGCCUUGGGACAGCUAGCUGAGGAACAAGUCAUGUUCAUUGGCGAUAACGCAAACAUCAUCACCUACCCCGUCGGCGAGAGGCAGUCCCUCAACGUUGCAGCAUUCGUCAAGGAUGAUCAAGACUGGCCCCAGGGGCGCAAACAUGCCAUCUCCGUUAACAAGGAAGAAGUCGUCGAAGCCUACUCGGACUUUGGUCCUGCUGUUCAAGCUCUGAUACAGCUCUUGCCCGAUCGAGUCAGUCGUUGGGCCAUAUUUGACACACUUGACCACCCACUGGCCUCUUUCGUCAACGGUCGAAUCGCUGUUGCUGGUGAUGCUGCACAUGGCUCGACUCCUCACCACGGAGCCGGCGCAGCCAUGGGCAUUGAGGACGCAGCGAUCCUAGUUGCUCUCAUAGAGCGUGUAAAUACUCUGACCGAGUCGGAUAGAAGCACCGUACCAGUUCUCGAGUGUGUGACUGAAGCACUGAAAAUCUACGACUCUGUGCGCCGAGAACGGGCUCAGUGGCUUGUCGAGAGCAGCCGACUUCAGGGCCAGAUUGUCAAGUUUCUCAACCCGGAUAUUGGUCGGGACUUUGAAAAGCUUCAGGCUCACACGCGGAUGCGCAUGAGCAAGAUUCAGACGUAUGACUGGCACGAUGUCAUGAUCAAUGCCGUCACGGACUUGGAAAAUCGCUUUGGUAAAUACGAGGAUUUAUGA